UCCACCGAGCUGAAAAAGCUGUACUGCCAGAUCGCCAAGACGUGUCCCAUCCAGAUCAAAGUGAUGACCCCGCCGCCUCAGGGAGCCGUCAUCCGGGCUAUGCCAGUCUACAAGAAAGCCGAACACGUCACUGAAGUGGUCAAGCGCUGUCCCAACCACGAGCUGAGCCGGGAGUUCAACGAGGGGCAGAUUGCGCCUCCCAGCCACCUGAUCAGAGUGGAAGGGAACAGCCAUGCCCAGUACGUUGAAGACCCCAUCACUGGGAGGCAGAGUGUCCUGGUCCCCUAUGAGCCACCCCAGGUUGGUACGGAGUUCACCACAGUCUUGUACAACUUCAUGUGCAACAGCAGCUGCGUGGGAGGGAUGAACCGGCGCCCGAUCCUCAUCAUUGUGACGCUGGAAACCAGAGACGGGCAAGUCUUGGGCCGCCGAUGUUUCGAAGCCCGCAUUUGCGCUUGCCCAGGCAGAGACCGCAAAGCAGACGAGGACAGCAUCCGCAAGCAGCAAGUCUCCGACAGCACAAAGAAUGGUGAUGGUACGAAGCGCCCUUUUCGGCAAGGAACCCAUGGCAUACAGAUGACAUCUAUCAAAAAAAGACGUUCCCCAGAUGAUGAGCUCUUAUACUUGCCGGUGAGGGGCCGGGAGACGUAUGAAAUGCUCCUAAAGAUCAAGGAGUCCCUGGAGCUGAUGCAGUACCUUCCCCAGCACACGAUUGAGACCUACAGGCAACAACAGCAGCAGCAGCACCAGCACUUGCUCCAGAAGCAGACCUCUAUGCAGUCGCAGUCGUCCUAUGGCUCCAACUCUCCACCGCUCAGCAAGAUGAACAGCAUGAACAAGCUGCCCUCGGUCAGCCAGCUCAUCAACCCCCAGCAGCGCAACGCCCUGACCCCCACCACCAUCCCUGACGGCAUGGGAGCCAACAUUCCCAUGAUGGGCACCCACAUGGCCAUGACCGGCGACAUGAACGGCCUCAGCCCCACGCAGGCACUGCCUCCUCCCCUCUCCAUGCCUUCGACGUCCCACUGCACCCCGCCUCCUCCGUACCCCACAGACUGCAGCAUCGUCAGCUUCUUAGCGAGGUUGGGCUGCUCAUCCUGUGUGGAUUAUUUCACGACCCAGGGGCUGACCACCAUCUAUCAGAUUGAGCAUUACUCCAUGGAUGAUCUGGUGAGCCUCAAGAUCCCGGAGCAGUUCCGCCAUGCCAUCUGGAAGGGCAUCCUGGACCACCGGCAGCUCCACGACUUCUCCUCCCCUCCCCACCUCCUGCGCACCCCCAGCGGCGCCUCCACCGUCAGCGUGGGCUCCAGCGAGACGCGGGGGGAGCGGGUGAUCGACGCGGUCCGCUUCACGCUGCGCCAGACCAUUUCCUUCCCGCCCCGCGACGAGUGGAACGACUUCAACUUCGACAUGGAUGCCCGGCGCAACAAACAGCAACGCAUCAAGGAGGAAGGGGAGUGAGACCCCACGGAGCCCCGCUCCACCCCGCCUCAGCCACAAACUGCUCAGCCCUUUGUUUGCCCUCCUUCUGCUUAGUCCUGCACCCCCGGACGAAGGGCAGAGGGAGCCUUCUUGCUACUUAAGCUCUUGAUGCUGUCCAGGUGAUGCUCCUGGACCACGGCCUCCACUUCAGCUCUUGUGAGGGGAAGAGCUGAGCGCAGGGGGAAGGCAGGGGGGUGUUUCCUUGAAAAGCUGUUGACCUUCUUGAGAAGGCGUUGUUCUCGUUUUGUGUUUUCCUUUUUGGGGAGAGGGCUUCUUUUUUCCUGACUUUAUGAAUCCUCGUACACCU